UGUGUCUCAGCUUGAUGUGAUGAUAACUCAGACUUCUUAGCGUCACGUUUCAGCGUGGAGUUUUUUUCUGACAGAUGAAAAUGUUAAUAGAAAAUUCUCUUCUGAGUGCUUCAUGAGAAAAGUUUCUAACAGACUGGACUAUAAAAAAAGAAUACAACUCCUCCAAAGAGCUGACAGUCAUUUGUAUGGACAUGGAUUUAUUUCAGCUACCAGACAGAAUCCUAGACAAAUCUGCUGUGAGAGACAAACAGGAGGAGGACUCUGCAGCCGUCAGAGACCGAAAACAGACACCUGCUGACUUCAGCAGCAUCUUCAGCAAAGAUUUGCUCCCAGCUUCAGGCAGUGAGGAGAUGACCAGAGGAUUUCUGCAGGAGCUGGUUAACAUCCUGCUGGGCUACAUCUGCAGGUCGAGUCAGAGGAGCUCCAAGGUCCUGGACUUUCACCAUCCUCACCAGCUGAUGGAGGGACUGGAGGGCUUCAGUCUGAACCUGCCCGACCAACCAGAGACUCUGGAGCAGAUACUGGUGGACUGCAGAGACACACUCAAAUAUGGCGUCAGUACAGGCCAUCCCCGUUUCUUCAACCAGCUGUCUUCAGGUCUGGAUGUGAUUGGUUUGGCUGGAGAGUGGUUGACCUCUACAGCCAACACUAACAUGUUUACAUAUGAAGUGUCUCCUGUCUUCAUCCUCAUGGAGGAGAUUCUGCUGAAGAAGAUGCAAAGCAUUGUGGGAUGGUCUGACGAUGAGGGAGACGGGAUCUUCUGCCCAGGAGGAACGAUAUCCAACCUGUACAGCAUCCUGGUGGCCAGAUAUCACUUCUACCCCGAGGUGAAGAGCAGAGGGAUGGGAGCUGUGCCUCAGCUGGCCCUCUUCACCUCAGAACACAGUCACUAUUCAGUGAAGAAAUCUGCGGCCGUGCUGGGGAUGGGCAGUGAGAAUGUGUUCAUGGUCCGCUGUGAUGAAAGAGGGAAAAUGAUUCCCGCCGAACUGGAGUCUUCAAUAGUAACAGCUGAGAAAAAGGGUCUGGUUCCUUUCUAUGUGAAUGCUACAGCGGGCACCACGGUGUACGGAGCCUUCGACCCUCUCGAUGACAUCGCUGACAUCUGCCACAGACACACACUGUGGAUGCAUGUUGAUGCGGCGUGGGGCGGAGGCCUGCUGAUGUCAGACAGACACAGGAUGAAACUACAGGGCAUUGAACGAGCGUGCUCCGUAACAUGGAAUCCUCACAAGAUGAUGGGAGUCCCUCUGCAGUGCUCUGUCAUACUGGUCAAGAAGAAAGGUCUCCUGCAGGAGUGUAAUGAGUUGGGGGCUGUGUACCUUUUCCAAACAGACAAACCCUACGAUGUGAGCUACGAUACCGGGGACAAGAGCAUCCAGUGUGGGCGACAUGUCGAUGCCUUUAAACUCUGGCUCAUGUGGAAGGCAAAGGGCUCGGAGGGGUUUGGAUCUCAGGUCAACAAAUGUCUGGAAAAUGCUGAGUACCUGUACGAUCAGCUGCAGAGGAGGACAGACUUUGAGCUGGUCUUCAGAUACAAACCGGAGCACAGCAACGUGUGUUUCUGGUACAUCCCUCCCAGCCUCAGUGAGCUUCCUCGUGGACCAGAGAGAGACACGAGACUCCAUCAGGUGGCCCCUCGGAUCAAAGGCAGGAUGAUGGAGAAGGGCUCUGUUCUGAUUGGCUAUCAGCCGCUGGGGGACAAAGUGAAUUUCUUCAGGUGUGUGUUCUCCAACCCUGCCACACAGCCGGAGGACGUCGACUUCCUGCUGGACGAGAUCGCCUGGCUGGGUCAUGACCUUUGACCUCUGAGCUCUGACAGGACUGUGUGGUCUCAGCUCUGUUCAGGUUGAUAUAAAGGAAACAGGAGACGUUGUUUCCCUGCAGCAGUAGUGUACAGUUUAUACAGUCUGGGUACAUGGUGAAAUGGACUUCCAGCUUAACUUUGUAAUUAAAUCAAAGCUGUUCCAUGUGAUUCAAGUUUUUCUAACAAACAAAUCUGUUCACACUUCUUCCUGUUUACACUGUGAGUCACUGCUGUCGGAGGCCCAUCUGCUCUGUUUACUUAUCAUUUAACCCUAUUAUUUUGAUUUUCUAAUUUUAAUUUUCUAAUUCCAUUUUUUGUGACUUGUUUAUCAAGUUGUUGCUAAAACCUUCCCAUGAUUGCUCGCUUUUUCUCUUUUAUGAAUAUAUCUCUGUGUAGCGGGAUCCUGGGGGACCACAGUCAGUCUUGUUUCAUGUUUUUAUUGUUAAUAGUUUAACACAUACAUACUACUAAGGCACUCUGUCAGUCAUUUUAGAAACAUAGGGGUGCUUCUCAUUCUGCUUCCUUCCCUCCCCUCCUCACAAGAUCUGACAAUCUUCAAUUCCUUUUAAUGCACCUCCAGGAGAGAGGGAGAAGCAGAGAGUGAUGCAGGGGAUGCUGGGAUAUCCCCCAGUUGCAUUGUUAAACAUUACUGCAGUUUUAA